GCUAUUUUUAAGGAAGCCCGGGCGUCUCCCCAAUGCAUUCUGGUAGCGGCCGCGCUCCUCUGUUGGGAUCCAGCGCUAACGUUAAACAGGUGAGAGCCAACUGUUCUCCAUCAUGUCUGUGCGAGAGUCCUUUAACCCAGAGAGCUACGAGCUUGACAAGAACUUCCGACUCACACGUUUUGCUGAGCUGAAGGGUAGCGGCUGUAAGGUUCCCCAGGAUGUCCUACAGAAGCUUCUGGAAAGUCUACAAGAGAACCACUAUCAGGAGGAUGAACAGUUUCUUGGAGCUGUUAUGCCCCGACUGGGCAUAGGGAUGGACACCUGUGUCAUCCCACUCAGACACGGGGGCCUUUCACUGGUCCAGACCACAGACUACAUCUACCCCAUCGUGGACGACCCCUACAUGAUGGGGCGGUUAGCUUGUGCCAACGCUUUAAGUGACCUGUAUGCCAUGGGCGUGACGGAGUGUGACAACAUGCUCAUGCUCUUAGGAGUGAGUAACAAGAUGUCAGAAAAGGAGCGGGACAAGGUGAUGCCGUUGAUCAUUCAGGGCUUCAAGGACGCGUCAGAAGAAGCGGGCACGUCGGUAACAGGGGGCCAGACGGUGCUCAACCCCUGGGUGGUGAUUGGCGGAGUGGCUACCACGGUCUGCCAGCCCAAUGAGUUCAUCAUGCCUGAUAACGCGGUACCCGGGGACGUGCUGGUGCUGACCAAGCCCCUUGGCACGCAGGUCGGGGUGGCCGUUCACCAGUGGCUUGAUAUCCCAGAGAAGUGGAAUAAGAUCAAGCUGGUUGUAACCCAGGAAGAUGUGGAGCUAGCCUAUCACGAAGCUAUGAUGAACAUGGCUCGACUCAACAGGACAGCGGCGAGCCUGAUGCACACCUUCAACGCCCACGCCGCCACCGACAUCACGGGGUUCGGAAUCCUGGGGCACGCUCAGACGUUGGCGCGGCAACAGCGGAGCGAGGUGUCGUUUGUCAUCCACAACCUGCCGGUCCUCGCCAAGAUGGCCGCCGUGUCCAAGGCCUGCGGCAACAUGUUUGGGCUCAUGCACGGAACUUGCCCGGAAACAUCAGGGGGCCUACUCAUCUGCCUCCCCCGGGAACAGGCGGCCCGCUUCUGCGCGGAGAUCAAGUCCCCGAAGUACGGCGAGGGCCACCAGGCCUGGAUCAUCGGCAUCGUGGAGAAGGGGAACCGCACCGCCCGCAUCAUCGACAAGCCGCGGAUCAUCGAGGUGGCGCCGCAGGCCGCCACCCAGAACGUCAACCCCACCCCCGGUGCCACCUCCUAAUCCUUCCCCCCCCACCCCCACCCACACCCACCCCACCCCUGGAGCAACACGGAACCGAACUCAAGAGCUCCGCUCGACCGUUCUCAACACACACACACACACACACCACACCACACCACACACACACACACACACACACACACACCUCCAAGGGGGUCGGUAUGUGUUGGCCGUACGACCGCUCACCAGGACAGUCACAAAGGUCCGGCCCCCCCCCCCCACUCGGCUCCGCAGACAUGAUCAACAUUUUGUAGCAAAACAAAAACAUACCCAUAUGCCUUUUGUGUGUCAGACGUUUGAAUCAUUACGUCCAGCGGAGGAACGUGGUCAGCGGGGCGGCUCCUCAUCAGAACCGGGCCGGGUCGGAGGUCAAGGGGCGCGCUGUGGAUUGGCUCCCGGGGAUGGCCAGGCGUGUCCUGGCUCUUCAGAAGGCGCUCUCCCAUCCAGCAGGGGGCUCAUGUGCCCACAACUUGUUUCCUGCGUCCACUCGAGUUGUGCCGGACUCUCAGCCUAGUUUUAGCCGACGCCGUUACGGAUGCCUUUAACGAGAUGUAGUGUAACCACCGGAAUAGUUGCUAUUUUUACUUUGUCCUUUUUUUUGUAUUGAAUCAUGUGAAACAAAAAGAAGAUUUAAUCGAAUGUGUCCUCCCCCCUGUAAUGUUGCAGAAUCAGCAGAACGAACCAGUUGCCUGUCGAUGACUCCCCAGUAAAUGGGCUGGUUUCCAACCCUGAUAAUGGGGAGAUGACACGUCACCUCCCCAUUAUCAGUGGAUUGCAAAUAAGCAAGAGGUCACGAACCGUCCCGUUCUCAAGAUGCUUGGCCUGGCCGACGGGGGGACAGCUGACAAAUGCUCAUUUGUUUUUAUAAGUGUUGAGAGACUAGUUAUUCUUCAUACAAGGAUUUUGUAAAAGGCCUGGAUGGAUUUGGAAACGAGUCUAUACCCAUCUUUUCAACUAAAAUAAAAAGUAAAACUCUUC